CUUCGCUCUCUCUCCCCUUCCCAGAUCACACUCUGUCCAUCUUUCUCUCUCUAGAAAAGCCCCCAGAGAGAGAGAGAGAGAGAGAGAGAGAGAGAGAGAUGGGUAGGCAGUCAUCGAAGUCGAGAAAACAAGAAAGCUACGGCAAAGGCAAGGUCACACCCGUCCAGAUCGCUUUCAUCGUCGACCGAUAUCUCUCCGACAACAACUACUCCCAAUCUCGCUCCACUUUUCGCAACGAGGCCUCUCAUCUCAUUUCCAAGUCUCCCGUUCAAGAGGCGCCAAAGAGUUUGUUGAGUUUGAGCGAUAUAUUGGAUGAGUACAUUGAUUUGAAGGAACAAAAAGUGAUUUUGGAUCAAGAGAAGUGCCGUUUGGAGCAGGAGAAAUUCCGGAUGCAGACGCUCCUGCGAGGCUUGCAAGAUGUGAUGAACGUUUACAAUGCAAGUGGCAGCAAUGCCCCUCCACCACCGUCUGUGAUUUCAUCUGCUGCUGCAAAAUCAGCCGCCUUUGUUCCCCAGAUUGCAGGUCAGCCUCUGUACAGCACCCCAGCAAUGAUGCCAACAUCAAGGCCCUCUGUCAGUCAAAUUAAUCCGUCAAGUUUCUGCACACCGACUACAAAUCAACCUUCUGUAAAAAGGAGAAAGGGUUCGAACGAUGUUCCAGAUGCUCCUAUAACUGCAAAGAGGUCUCGUGGUCACUUAACUACCAAUCUUCUUGCAACCGAAGGUACCAAAACUAUUUCACAAUCAAGCAAUGCAGUAAAUAAUCAAGAAAAUGCUCCACAUUUCUCAGCAGCUCAAUCAUCACCUCGUGCACGUGAUGGUUCACCUGUUCAAGGAUCCAGUGUUGCCAAGUGCUUGUUCAACCAGCAAAAUGGGUCCCCUCCAACAAAUCUGUCUGUUCCUAAGACUCCGCUCCCUGCAACUUCCUCUCAAAUGAAUAAAUCUGCUUCUCCACCGGAAGAUUCUUCCACUGCUACUUCAGGAAACGAUGUUACUCCUCCACAAACGAUUUCUACUGAUUGCAUUGUUAUAUCUUCGGAAACAAUCAGAGUGAGCCCAGUUAAACACUUAACCUACUACUCGAUAGAGAGGAACCGUUGCAUUUCUACUUCCUCACCAGUCAAGCCAAGGCAUAACAUGAGGGAUCAUGUGAAAGGAAGGCUUGACUUUGACAGUUCGAACACUCUAAUGAACUCAGCAAAUCCAAAUAGUGAUGGCAGUUCCUUAUCUGAAUCUGACAAGGAAGGAGAUAUGUUCGACUUGGAUUUGCCUAAUUUGGAUUUUUUGGGUGGGGAUUUCUCACUCAGUGAGCUUCUGGUUGAUUUCAAUUUUGACGGGGACUUUUCUUGCCAGCCGGCUAUGGACACUUUUUCAAACUCCCACUCUGGGUCCCCGCAUGAACCGUGCAAUGUUGAUUUGGGAGCUAAUCAAGUUGUGUCUGAGCUUUCAUCCACCGUGACAGAAAUUCUUUCAGAGAAAGACAUGAAUACACAAGGCCCAGAAUCUGUCACUUCUGUGAAGUCCACAACCAAAUGCAUUAAGAUUUUAAGCCCUAUGAAAAAUCGUUGAAGCUCCACAAGGGAUCUGGAAAUCAGAAAACUGACUGAUUUUACAGUAAACGUUGCGCUUAGACUGACACAGUAUUGGUACAGUACAUACUGCCAAGUACCGAUUCUUGACUGAUGCUUAAUGUUCUAACAUGUUCAGAGGUAAAAUUGAUUGUAGUCAAACAUUCAAUUGAUCACCUUACCAUUAUCUCUUAGUUCUGUUAUUUGAUGUCCUAGUUAUAUCUGCAGAACUUAUUAAGGUCUGGAGAAAAUAUGAUGAAGUCAUACUGAUGUAUUGACAAGUUGUGGAAUACGUAUUUCAUGUUCCUUCUCAUGUGUCAUGUUCUAUCAAUGUUUGUUGUUGCUUGGCUACUUAUGACAUUCAAAC